CUGUGGCCGAAAGAUGUGAGCAAAACAAAAAUGAACAUAAAACCGAUCAGAGUCCAGAAGUGCGAUCUCAUAAUUUUGGUAGACUAUAUAAGACUGCUGAGAAGUGGAGAACAGUAUCAAAUCAAUUCACAAGGAGAAACAAAAUGUUCAAGCUGCUGGUUGUCUUCGCUGCCAUCUUUGCUGUUGCUCUGGCUGUUCCCGCCCCAGUUGCUCGGGCUAAUCCCGCCCCGAUUCCGAUUGCCAGUCCCGAUCCGGCCCCCCAGUUUUACUAUGGAGCUAGUCCAUACGCCUAUUCCGGCGGAUACUACGCCUCCCCCUACUCAUACUACGGCUAAGUGACCAGAAUAGUGCAAUCGCAACCAACGACGUCUCGUGUUAAUGCAUCAGAAUCAAAUUCAAGUUAAUUAAAAUCUCUAUAUAAAUCUCUUAGUUCUCCAAAUGUUCUCAAAUAAAAAAAUUUAG